GGCAAUGGAGGCGCGAAUACUUUUCUUUGUCUUCUCCUUUUCUGGUGUUAAUUGCUUUUUUAGGCGGUUUGGAAUUGAAAGUUCGUCAUGUCCGGUACCGCCUAUAGUUGUUGGAUUGAGUGAUGACGAUCUUCAGUAUGCACUUGACGCGUUUGAGUCGAAUGUAUCUUCUAGAGUUAGUGAGGCGAGUCCGGCUGUAGCUGUUGGGCUAGUGUUGAAUCAGGACAUUGUUUUUGCUAAAGGAUAUGGUCUCGUUAAUAUUUCAGACAAAUCUCGUGGACAUCCCACUCCUGACACUGGCUUUCGCAUUGGUUCUCUCACUAAAAUUUUCACAGUUAUUGAACUACUUCAAUUACGAGAUACAGGUCGUCUCUCUCUUAAUGAUCCAGUCACUCGCCUCCUUCCCAAUUUUACCGUUAGAAACCCAUUUCGCACAACGGACAACAUCACACUUCGUCAACUUGCUUCACACAUGAGCGGAUUACCACGCGAAGCUCCCUGUUCAAAUAUCUACAAUGGAGGCUGUGACAUUCCCUAUGAUGAGAUGUAUAAACGCUUGGCUGACAUAUCAUUAAUCUAUCCUCCUGGUGUGAUGCCAUUGUAUUCGAAUUUGGGAUUUGGUUUACUCGGUCGUGCCAUGGAGGCAUUUGUCAAUCGUUCUUGGGAGGAGUAUGUGAAGGAGGGGAUUGUCAUGCCUUUGAAUUUGACAAUGACUGGAACAAAGUUUAGUGAGGAAGUUGUGAAGAAGAUGGCGGUUGGAUACAUUGGGACAGAAGAAGCAUCAUUGGCUUCUCUUGGCUGGGAGGCUCCAGCUGGUGACAUGUAUUCAUCUGUCAAUGACUUGUCCAAACUGAUGUUCUUAGUUUUCAGAAAUACAGUGCCAUACAAGCAGCUGUCAAGUCAGAUAUUGGAUGGUGAAACUAUUCGAGAGUGGAUGCAUCCCGUUUAUGUUGCUUCUGAUCGGACAGGAUACUGUUUGCCUUGGGAGCUGAUCCCUAAUGGUGACUAUCAGAUGAGAUGCAAAGCUGGUGCUGUCAAUGGAUAUCGUGCUGAACUGAUGAUGAUACCUGAAAUCAAAGCUGGUGUUGUAAUUCUUCAAGCAAGUGAAGAUGAAGAUCAACUUGGUCAUUUGCUGGAUGCAUCGUUUGACCUCCUGUUGUCUGUUGACUCAUUGAUGAAGAAGAGGCAACCUCGACCGAAUAUUUCAGCUGUUCCUUCUGAUUAUGUUGGGACAUACGUGUCUAAUGACUUUGGGACAGAGGUUCACGUGGAAAUUUCCAUCAUCGAGUCACCUGCCGGUCGUCUUCUUCACUCAACAUUUGGCUUUGACCUCAUAUAUCACUUCAAUGACACAUUCUACUUGACUCUUCGCUAUCAGCCACACACAUGUCGGCAGUGGAAUGACAGCAUAGAAAGAGAAUUUAUCUACUUUAUGAGAUCAGGCAACACAGUCACAAGUUUUCAAAUUCCUGGAUUAGAAUAUGGCAGAGUGUACAAGAAGACGACGAGCCGGAGAGAUUCUCUCGUUGAACAACGGAAUAAUGAAGGCAUGAGAAACACUGUCUGAUUCCAUCAAGUGACAUAAUCUGUCCAAUAAGAUUACUGACUCUACACAUGUUGAUACCAAUGUCUGCAGGUGCCUAAACCUAUGGAUGUACUUUUCUUGUGGCUUUAAUUUGUCGUGAAUUUUCUGUAUCUUCUCUGCGGUCAGUGAGUCAGGACAAUGCAUCUCAGAUUGUUGUAGUGCCUUCUCUACAUAAUCAACAAAUCCAUGACUUUUCCCAUAUAAUUUUCUA